UGCUUGGGCACUGGUGGGGCUACAGAUAUCCAUAACCGCUGCCUGCUGGGAUACUGGGAAGCCAGCUGCCAAAGUGAUAGUGGUCGGCAGUGUUGAAUGCCAGCUUGUGAUGAAGGAGUUCCCUUAGAGAGGUUUCCGCAGCCUUUGUGAAUCAAGGAUUGCAUCAAACAGGCACAGUCAAAACAUACGCGUACACAUCUUUUCUUACCCAUACAUAUUAGCGCAGUUUCGUUUGUGAACGAUGCGCCCUCUCUUGGUCGCAAGCUUGGUCGGGGCCCUCGGCGUCAGUGGCUUGGUCCCUCCAGACGACCUCAGACUGUUUCAGACGUGGAGCUCCGGCCAGCCACCGCAGUUGCUAUCAAGAGAUGAUCGACUGUCGACACAGAAACCCGAGGCGUCCAAGAUGACUGCUACGACACAGUCGAGGGAUUCAUCGGGGAGGGAGUUCUUCACGUAUGGUUCUGUGCCCAUCUACGCCGCUUCACCCAUGAGUGGCGCCGCCGCCGCCGCUGGCGGAAUCGCGGUGGCGCGCCCGUGGAUCAUCAUGUUGGAAAGCGACGCCUUAGAGGAGGAGUCCGUGUCACUGAGCAAGGAGUUGCCGAAUGGCCUUGCGACGCACGCGAGCAUGGGCGAGGUGCCCAUGGUGAUGGGUAGCUUGGAUGUCGGUAGUCUUCACUCGUUCAUCAACAGACACCCAGGGCGUCUGAAGUUUGUCGUAGAGGAUCGGUGGCAGCAAAGGGUGGACGCGCCGGCCGCGCCGGUCAUCGAAGAGGUUUCGAAUUCAGAGCGGCGGACCUACCCAUGGGGCAUCCAGUACCUCAAUGCGGACGUGGUCCGUGGGAAAGGCGCGGGAGUGAGCGUGUACGUGCUGGACACUGGCGUUCGCAUCACUCAUAACGAGUUCGGCGGCCGUGCCUUCGCCGGAGUGGACGUGGCCGCCUCGGGGACGUACCCAGGCACUCUCACAGUGUGCUCGCCGUCCAGCACGACGUGCGCUGCCGACCAGCAUGGGCACGGCAGCCACUGCGCGGGAACAGUCGGGGCCUCGACAUACGGCGUCGCGGAUGGCGCUUCUAUCUACGCCAUGAAGGUCCUUAAUGACGCAGGCUCGGGCUGGACCACAUGGUCCAUUCUAGCCGAGCAGUGGAUUUUGUCGUCUGGGAACAGGCCAGCAGUGGUCAGCAUCAGUAUCCAGGCCAACUACAAUGACCUCGCAGAGGAAACCUCCAUUGACAACCUGGUGGCCGAUGGCGUGACCGUGGUGGUGGCUGCAGGGAACGCCAACGCAGACGCGUGCACCUACAAUCCAGCUUGGAUUUCGUCAGCGAUCACCGUAGCUGCUUUUGGUGGGGCUUCAGGGAGCUCAUGGGACAGGUCUUCGUACAGCAACUGGGGCUCUUGCAUUGAUGUGUAUGCUCCGGGCACGAACAUCCUCUCGCUGGGCCCACACAGCAACACCCAGACCUAUUUCAACACGGGCACAUCAAUGGCCUGCCCACACGUCGCCGGGCUCGUGGCCAGGAUGUACGAGGCGUAUCCUACGGCGGGGUCCAUGACCGCCGCGCAGAGGUGGGAUCUCCUGACGGCCACGAACUGCACUGGCUGUGUCACAAAUGACGCGACUCCCACACCCACUGUCAACCUGGUGGCCUUGGCCACUUCCUCUACUCCCGCGCCUAUGAUCUCGCCCACUCCCCCGCCUACGCCAUCGCCUACACCACUGCCCACGCCCUUGCCCACGCUCUCGUCUUUGACGCCCUUGCCCACGCCAGUACCUACGCCCUCGCCUACGCCAAUGCCCACCCCCUCGCCCACGCCUUCGCCUACGCCGUCGCCUACAGCCUCGCCCACGCCUUCGCCUACGCCAUCACCAACUCCCUCGCCUACGUCCUCGCCAACGCCCUCGCCUACGCUUGUGCCCACGCCCUACCCCACGGCGUCGCCCACUCCCUCGCCUACGACCUCGCCCACGCCGGCACCUACGCCCUCGCCCACGCCUUUGCCUACUCCAGUACCUACGCCCUCGCCUACGCCAAUGCCCACCCCCUCGCCCACGCCUUCGCCUACGCCGUCGCCUACAGCCUCGCCCACGCCUUCGCCUACGCCAUCACCAACUCCCUCGCCUACGUCCUCGCCAACGCCCUCGCCUACGCUUGUGCCCACGCCCUACCCCACGGCGUCGCCCACUCCCUCGCCUACGACCUCGCCCACGACGGCACCUACGCCCUCGCCUACGCCCUUUCCCACGCCCUCGCCGACACCCUCGCCCACGCCUUUGCCUACGCCCUCGCCCACGCCUUUGACGCCUUCGCCUACGCCCUUGCCCACGCCCUCGCCUACGCUUUGGCCCACGCCCUUGCCCACGCCUUCGCCUACGCCGUCGCCUACGACCUCGCCAACGCCCUCGCCUUCUCCAUCACCAACUCCCUCGCCUACGUCCUCGCCGACGCUUUUGCCCACGCCCUUGCCUACGCCCUACCCCACGGCGUCGCCCACUCCCUCGCCUACGACCUCGCCCACGCCGGCACCUACGCCCUCGCCUACGCCCUUGCCCACGCCCUCGCCGACACCCUCGCCCACGCCCUUGCCUACGCCCUCGCCCACGCCUUCGCCCACGCCUUCGCCAACGCCAUCGCCUUCGUUAUCACCUACUCCGAAUCCCACGUCAUAUCCCACGCCCUUCCCCACGCCCUAUCCUACACCUUCGCCUACUCCGUCGCCUUCGCCGGCACCUACGCCCUCGCCUACGCCGUAUCCCACGUCAAAACCCACGCGCUUCCCCACGCUCUAUCCCACGCCCUAUCCCACGCCCUACCCCACGCCCUACCCCACGCCCUCGCCUACGCCCUAUCCCACGCCCUAUCCCACGCCUUACCCCACGCCGUAUCCCACACCCUAUCCCACGCCCUAUCCCACGCCUUAUCCCUCGCCGUCUCCCACGCCUUAUCCCACGCCUUAUCCCACGCCCUAUCCUACGGCCAAUUCGUGCAGCAAGUACUCCUCCUGCAAGCCUUGCCAAUAUGCGGCGGGGUGCUACUGGUGCAGGUCAAAUUCGUGGUUCUCUGUGUACUCUGGCCAGUGCCUUUCCACCGGGACGAUCGCCUCCUGCUUGUGGAUGUCCCCAACUUGCCGUUGGAGGUGGUGGUACUAUUUCACUUGGAGGUUCCGCCUCCGGGUCAGGAGAGCAUACUCAUCGGCGUUCAUCGGAGACAGCUUCGUGCGAGGAGCCUUCGAACGCUCCGGCCACUCUCGGGUGUCUGCCCUCCCGUCCAGUGCUGUCUUGUCCGUCCAGCUCUCUAUUCCAAGUCUCCGCAUGGUUGCCUCGGACACAGAUGAGAUGGAUGAGAUUGAGGUUGAGUAUUCCGUAGCAGUACCUGGCGACGAUUCGGACGGUGUCGAACAGCAGCAGGUCGACUCGCUUUCGGCAGACUUGGCGCAGGUCUCAGCGGAGGAGUACACGCAGGACUUCGUAUCGGAGAUGAGCGGUGUGGCCGGCGCGGCGGCUUUCGGUGUGGAGGCGGUGGCCAAUUCUGCUACAGCCCCUACGGUGACCACGGUAACAGAUCCUCCGACGCCGAGUCCGACGCCGAGUCCGACUCCGAGCGGGGCUUCUGCGAAGGGAGAUCCUCAUUUGGUCAACGUCUAUGGCCAGCGGUUCGACCUGAUGCAGCCUGGUCUGCACUCAUUGGUUCAUAUUCCGAGGCUUGCCGACGCCGUCAGCACCCUUCUGGACAUUCGAGCCGACGUCCAGAGGCUUGGGGCCACCUGCGCAGACAUGUACGUCCAGUCCAUCAACGUGACAGGUGCGUGGGCCUCUGUGCCUGAGCAUCCAUCCGGCAUAUUCUUCUCGGCUGAGAAGUCGUCACAACAUCCCGGUUGGCAGAAGCUCGGCCAAGUCAAAUUGAAGGUGAUCCAAGGCCACACGGAGAGCGGCAUCGCAUAUCUCAAUUUCCUCAUCCGCAGCCUGUCGAAGGUUGAGUAUUCGAUCGGUGGUCUCCUUGGGGAGGAUGACCACACCGAGGCGUCGAGAGUCGACCUCAACUGCCACACGAGCGUAAACCUCUGAGGCGGGCCACUAGACGAGCGCUGCAGACUGGCGUUCCAGCCAGCCUCCACCGCUUGCUGCGCAGGACUUCCAUACUUUGUGCCGAAGCCCGUCUUUCCGAGCACACGAGGUCCAGCGUUGACCAUGACGCUUCGCGUACGUCCACCCACCAGCCCAUCCAGAUAGCAGCAGGCGACUUCGUCAGGACCGUUGUACGUGGAAACCAGACUAGAAAAACCACGCUCUGCCUGUGCAGCUCCUGCUCCCUUCGGCGCCCUCGGGCCGGCAGGGGCCGGCGGGAGCCUCCUCGCGCGCGAAGCUGCUGCGGAAAAGACGCCGAGGCAGGCGCGCGCAAUGCCGCGGGGGGCGGGGGAUGGCCACGGCUUGAGCAGCGGCCCGCCCUCGGUGCGCAGCGCUCGGGUGGGGGAAGAGCAC